CCUUACUGUCCAGACCAGUAUAACCAUCACAGUAAUAAUAGCAAGGGUCGGUGUUGUUAUAUUGAAUAAAAUGCAUCUUCCCACAUAUGGAUGAUACCUUUGCUUUAUCCCAGACAGUGUCCAGUGCAAGACACAGGCAUUCGGGUUUGGUGAAAAUAGAGUUACUGUAGGGUUACUGCUCUUAAAGGAGCAGCGAGGGAAAAGCCGUGCGAUGGAGCCGAGAGGAGGAGGAGGAGGAGGAGGGGGGAGAUAAGUGAUCUAAAGGGGAGACGAUAGGACAGAAAGUGAUGAUGAUGAAUACAUUGGAAAGUUUUUUGGCCCGGGCGACGGUGUCAGAUUGAAUGGCCAGUGCGCAUGUGCGAAGGUGUCCAAACUGACAAUGCUUGUGAGAUGAAGAUAGUGUUGUUGCUGCUUCUGGGCUCAAGGAGGACGAGAGGAAUCUACAAGCCGACAAGAUGAGAUGCAAGGCAAGGGCGAGAAAACUGGCCAAAAGUGACAGCGAGGCAGUAGAUAACAUGUACGAGACAGACCCGGACCUCCCCGCUGGAGAGAGUGCAGAGGAAGAGACUGAGGACGGCAUCAUGUCGCCCAUCCCGGUGGGACCCCCUUCUCCACUCCCCAACAGCGAGGACUUCACACCCAAGGAGGGCUCGCCUUAUGAGGCUCCUGUCUACAUUACUGAUGACAUUCCCAUUCCCGCAGACCUGGAGCUCCGAGAGUCAUCCAUCCCUGGAGCAGGUUUAGGGAUAUGGGUCAAAAAUAGGAUUGAACUGGGGGAAAGAUUUGGACCUUACACUGGAAUGCAGAAUACUACAGUGAAAGACCCUAGUUUUGGAUGGGAGGAAAUGCUUAACAACCAUGAUAUGGCAACACAAGAUGGCUGCAUUAAAAAGAUUGCAGGUGACUUGGGAAACAUGAAAUUCUGUGUUGAUGCCAACCAGGCUGGCACAGGGAGCUGGCUGAAAUAUGUGAGGGUCGCUCGCACCUUUGAGGAACAAAAUCUAACACUGUGUCACAUCGCUGACGACCAGGUUUGUUAUAAAGCUAUUAAAAAUAUCGAGGCUGGGGAGGAGCUACUGGUUUACAUGGACGGAGAUUUCCCCGAGGGCAGCAUGGCACCAAACCUCGGAGACGAGCAGAUGUACCGGUGUGACGACUGUGAGGAGCUGCUCCCGUCGAAACUGGACCUGCACCGACACCAGAAGUACUCCUGCAGCAACAGCACCUCCCUCUUCAACGCUCUGAACCAGGACUUCAAGCAGGAGGGAGGAGGAGGAGGAAGAGAGGAGGAGGAUGAGGAAGAGGAGGAGCCUGUUCACGAGUGCAAGGACUGCGAGAGGAUGUUUCCCAACGAAUACAGUCUUGAACAGCAUAUGAUUGUGCACACAGAGGAGAGAGAGUAUAAAUGUGACCAGUGCCCCAAAGCGUUCAACUGGAAAUCCAACCUAAUUCGCCAUCAGAUGUCACAUGACAGCGGCAAGCGGUUUGAGUGUGAAAACUGUGAUAAGGUGUUCACAGACCCCAGUAACUUGCAACGGCACAUCCGCUCGCAGCACGUCGGCGCCCGUGCCCACACUUGUCCAGACUGUGGCAAGACCUUCGCCACCUCCUCUGGGCUCAAGCAACACAAGCACAUUCACAGCAGUGUCAAGCCUUUCAUCUGUGAAGUCUGUCAUAAAUCCUACACCCAGUUUUCCAACCUCUGUCGCCACAAGCGGAUGCACGCAGACUGCCGUACCCAGAUCAAGUGCAAGGACUGUGGGCAAAUGUUCAGCACUACCUCCUCCCUCAACAAGCACCGCCGCUUUUGUGAGGGAAAGAACCAUUACAACCCAGGGGGAAUGUUCAACUCUGGCCUGCCCAUGACCUCCAGCCCCCUCAUGGGCAAAUCGAAACCCCAACACAGCCUCAACCACCUCGGUUUUAGCGAUUACUUCCCCUCCCGGUCACACCACCCUGGGCUUCCCUUCUCACCCACUCCUCCUGCCUUCCACACUCUCCCGCCUGGCUUUCCUGGAAUCUUCCCACCGUCGUUAUACCCUAGACCACCUUUGUUGCCCCCAAGCUCGUUGCUGAAGAGCCCCCUUAAUCACAGCCAGGAGGCCAAGCAUCCCAGGAGCCCCCUGUCGGUGGUGUCCCCUGUCAAUAACAAUGGGAGCAGCAGCUACAAUAACUUCCUGGAGGCUAAAGCCGAAACGAAAUUGGAAAUGCGCUCUGCAGAGAAGUGCAAAGUGAAGAUCAGCAACCUUUCGGACGGAAGUGACCUGGAGGAUGUCAACACCACCAGCGGAACAGACUUGGACACCACAACGGGGACAGUCUCAGGGUCUGAUCUGGACAGUGACGCGGAGAGCGACCGCGACAAGGGCAGGCGCAAGAUGCCGUCAGGAACAAAGCAGGACGAAGUCAGCAGCAGCUCCAUCUCCAUCUCCAGCUCUGGUAACGUCCCUAGCGAGCGUCCCUUCCUCUCCCAGCACUCCUUCUUUCCUCCGCCGGAUGAGCAGGCCCUUCCGGCCUCGGGGUCCACCAACGACUCCAUCAAAGCCAUCGCCUCCAUCGCAGAGAAGUAUUUUGGCCCCGGCUUCAUGGGCAUACAGGAGAAGAAGAUGACCUCCCUCCCUUAUCAUUCCAUGUUCCCCUUCCAGUUUCUGCCCAACUUCCCACAUUCCUUGUACCCUUUCACGGACCGGGCCCUCAACCCAGGGAUGUUCCUGAAAGAUGAGCCCAGGUCUCCCAGAGAGCAUCUACAGAAGGUGGGCUCCCAGGGUUCCGAGUCCCCCUUUGACCUCACCACCAAGCCCAAGGAGGUCAAACAGCCCCUACCGCCCAGCAAGCCGGCCCUCCCUGCGAGCGCUCCCCUCCUGCCGGGAGAAGAGCAGCCCCUAGACCUCAGCAUUGGCACUCGCAGGCGGGCUGCCCACAAUGGCAGCACCACAGAAUCUCGGAAGAAUCACGUUUACGGGAGCAGGAGAGGGCCUCCUAAAGAAGAUCAGCUCAAGCAUCCUCAGCCUCAGCAUCAGUCUCUGCACCACCACCAGCAGCAGCAGCAGCAGCACCACCACCAGCACCACCAGCCAGUGCAUCAGCAGCAACAGCAGCCUUCCCUGCACUACGCAAAGCCCUCGCCCUUCUUCAUGGACCCAAUCUACAGCAGGGUGGAGAAAAGGAAGCUCAUGGACCCAGUAGGAGCCCUGAAAGAGAAGUACUUGAGGCCGUCCCCGCUGCUGUUCCACCCACAGAUGUCUGCAAUUGAGAACAUGACAGAAAAGCUGGAGAGCUUCGGUGCUCUGAAGCUGGACCCCUCGAACUCUCUACAGCACUCCUCACACCACCUCUUCAACUUCCGCUCCCCGCCGCCAACACUGUCUGACGCCAUCCUCAGGAAAGGCAAGGAACGCUACACCUGCAGGUACUGCGGGAAAAUAUUUCCCAGGUCAGCAAAUCUUACAAGGCACUUAAGGACACACACAGGAGAGCAGCCCUACAGAUGUAAAUACUGCGACAGGUCGUUCAGCAUCUCUUCCAAUCUGCAGCGGCACGUCAGGAACAUCCACAACAAGGAGAAGCCCUUCAAGUGUCACCUGUGUAACCGCUGCUUCGGCCAGCAGACCAACUUGGACCGACACCUCAAAAAACAUGAGCAUGAGAACAUUCCAGUGAGUCAGCAUUCUGGGAUUCUUUCGAACCUGGGGACGAGCAUCUCCUCGCCAAACUCCGAACCGGACAAUCAUGCACUUUUAGACGAGAAGGAAGAUUCCUAUUUUUCGGAAAUCCGGAAUUUUAUUGCCAACAGCGAACUGAACCAGGCGUCCAGUUCGACAGAUAAAAGGCCGGAUGACAGCCAGGGACACGUGCUGUCCAACCCCAAGCGGAGUGAAGGAGAGGAGGAGGAGGAGGAAGAGGAGGCUGAUGAAGAGGACGGUAGCCUGACGGAGAAAUCUCAGGACGAGGUGGUCUCCCCGCCGAUGGUACCCCAGGGGAGCUACGAGGAUGAGGAGGAGUUCCUCUACGAGGAGCCUUCCUCUCUAAUGAUGAGUUACGAACACACCCGAAGGUGUAUUGAUGAGGACGAAGCAAGCCUUUUAGAACUGGAGCAGAUUCCGGCUUUCGGGAAGGGCCUGGAUCUCCGUAAGGCCACAGAGGAACCCUUUGAAGUUAAAGACAUGUUUAACUCCUCCUUAGAAUCGGAGACUUUAAAAGAGACCCUGUACAGACAGGCUAAAACGCAGGCUUAUGCAAUGAUGCUGUCUCUGUCUGAAAACAACCCUCUGCACACAUCCUCCCAGAAUUCUCUGGAUGCUUGGCUGAACAGGGGGGGUGGAGCUUCAGAGCCUGGGAACUUUCACCCCCUCAACCACAUCUGAGAGAGAGAGAGACCAGGAACCAGGGACCAGGGACCAGGCCACACUGGGAAAACUGGGACCACCUCUGUCUCAACGGGAGCUGGACAGGGCCGCCCAGGGGACCAGGUUCUCUCACCCAAGCGGGCGGCACAGUGAACCAGGCAUAGAGAUUGUAGAGCAUGGAGGAGGCAGCCCUGCUUAGCAUGGUCCGAAUAGGGAGCCAGCACACUGGGGCUGGCACAUUGUGCCAGGGGCCUUCCAUAAGCGCUUGUUGUUGAAUUGAUUGAGUUCCGUUGGUCUAAAUUUGGCCCUCUUGAGUGUUUUUACAGUUGUGGGUGGUCUGAACACCCCUUUGGAAACUGGCUGGGUAGAAUCCUUGCCCUCUCCUGCCCCCCUAUUCCAUUCCAGAUCAAGCUCAGUAAGGUUGCUUCCACGCAGACUGGUAACUAAAGGACCUUUUUUUCACCUCAUUCCUUGGGUCAGCAAACCUUUCAACAAUGACCUUAAUGCCCACAACAUAUUUAUUCCACACAAGUAAGCUUUUGCACAGUGAAAAGAUGCUAUAUCAAGAAGCAGCUGAACGGUAGGACAUAUUGUAGUAGUCAUAGUAAUUAAUAAUAAUAACAAUUCUAAUUUAAUGAACUACAAAGCUCUCAAAAAGGACACUGCAUUCCUCAAAGAGGCUAGUCCACAAAUAAGUAAAUAAUAAUGAAUACAAAUAUUUUAUCCAGUAAAUUUUGACUUUAAAUUAUUUCCCACAGGGGCCAAUACUGUAUCAUAAUUCUUCUAGUUCGAUUUAAGUUAAUUUGUAUAAAUCUUUUGCUUUUUUGUAUGUCAUUUGUUCUGUAAUAACAGUAUUGUUGUUUUUUUUCCCUUAGACACCAUGGUAUAUAUUGUUAAUAUAAUUACUUAGUGAAGGACCAAAAUUGUGUAAUAUUGCUGUAUGUACACUAUCCAGGAAGUAUGUAGGACGAGUGGUUUGUGCCAAAUAACCCAGUAGAUGAUGUUUUGUUCUCCGACAAUCAUUUUUUCUUGAAGGGUUUUUAUUCUGUUGCUGUUGAAGUUUGUUUUGAUUUUCUGUAGACUUCUUCAAUCUGCAAUUAGGAGUAGGAGAUUGUGUGUUCUAUUUAUUAUUGGGGGGUUUUGUAGUUGAUGAAAAGUGACAGCUGUAUAUAUUUCUCCCACAGUUAACCCAGUAUAUCUUCAAAAAAGAAAAAAAAUGCGAUGCAAGCUCCAUUUAAUACAAGUGAUAUUGCCAGCGUGCCAAAUUUGUAAAACGAAGAAUUUAGCCGUUUACUUAUCAAAUCAAAUUUGAGAAAAGAAAGAAAGAGAAUCGCUGUGUAAGGAAAUGUUUUUUUUAGUAAUAUGAAUAAAUCUGGCUGUGUUG